CGAGCGCGCGCGCGACGGUGGUGGGUCUCCCGCUGUUGCCAUGGCGGCGGGCUCCGAGCGGGACAUCCUGUGGCGGGUCCUGGGCUGGCGGGUGGCCACGAGCGUGGCGUGGUCCGUGCUGCUUCUGCCCGCCUGGACCGCGGCUUUCGUCCUCUUCAGCGGCAUCGAUCUGUUUCACCCUAUCCAGUGGAUUUCAGAUUCCGUCCACGACCUGUACAGUUCCUAUGUCAUCUUCUGCGUCCUGCUGCUGUCGGGGGUGACGCUGGCGAUCAGCGUCUUUCACGUGGAGUUCUAUGCAGUGGUGCCUUCUCCGCCGUGCUCCCGGCUGACGCUGCUGGGGAAGAUGCUGCUCCCGCAGCAGGUGCUGCACUCGCUGGCCCACGCGGUGAUGGGCGUCCUGGUCGCCUGGUGCGCCGCCGUCCUGGCCGGCCGCCGGUACCGCUUCCUCUCGGUGCCCUGCACAGCCCCGGAGAGUGCGGCCCCCCAGGCCUGCCUCAAUGAGAGCCACCUGCUGAUCUUGCUGGCGGGGGCCUUCAUGGGCUACAGCUACAGCCUGCGCUACUUUGCCGACAACUUGAACUACCUCCCAUUUCCCAUCAUCCAGCAAUGCAAGUUCUUGCGUUUCCGGAGGUCGCUGGCAGAGCUGCUCAGGCAGAGCUGCGGGGACGCGCUCUACCUGGUCCGAAACUUCUGCUUCCUCUACUACUUCCUGGGCUAUAUCCCCAAGGCCUGGAUGAGCGCUGCUGUGGGCCUGCAGACGGACCCGAGUCUGCAGCCCCUGGACUCGGUGAGUGGCCUCCUGGACCUCUCCUUACUGUGUAACCUCUGGCUGUGUGGCGUCUUCCUCCUGGUCGUGUGGCGGGUCGCCUGGAUGCUUUUCAAGAUCUACGCCACAGAGGCGCACAUCUUUCCCGUGCAACCUGCGUUUGCGGAAGAGUCUGAUGAAUGUCUCCCUAAAGUUCUGAACAGCAAUGCUCCCCUGAUCAUAAAGUUCCUGGCCUUGCAGGACCUGAUGCUGCUGUCUCAGUACUCCCCUUUGCGGCGGCAAGAAGUCUUCAGCCUCAGCCAGCCAGGGGGUCACCCCCACCACUGGACAGCCAUCUGCACUGCGUGCCUGACCCUGCUCGACGGCCUCUCUCAGAAACUGCUCCGCUUCCAAGAAGCUGCGGCCACGAACGGGAGAGUGAAGUCUCGUCAGUCCCCCGAGCGGCCUCAGGCCCCGAACCCUGCAGGGCCGGCGACCCCUCGAGCCAUGAGGUCGAGUCUGGUGCCCAGGACUGUUAUGCCCUUGUGGGCCAAGGCUUCUCCACUGGCCCCUCCAGCUGAGCUGAUCAGCCCGCUGGGCUCUCCUUUUGGCUCCACCGUGGUGACCCGCCUGGUCGGAGGCCUGGAUGCCACCACCCAGCUCGCCAGGAGAGCCCCUAGACUCUGGACUUCUGUCUCUGACCCGCAAGCGAGCAGUAGUCUGGAGCCCCCGUUCCCGCCAUCGCCAUCCGCGCCCACUGGGGAGAAGGGGCAGGAGCCCAGUGCUCUCUACACUUGGCUCCAGACCAAGCAAGAACAGGUGAGGGGGUUCUUGUCGAAGCGGGCGCUCAUCGUCUACUUCUUCAGUAAGCACCCCGAGGCCUCCAUCCAGGCUGCUUUCACCGACGCUCAGAUGCAUAUUUGGGCACUGGAAGGCCUGUCACACCUGGUGGCUGCGUCCUUCACCGAGGACCGGUUUGGCGUGGUCCAGACCAGCCUGCCUGCCAUUCUGAACACACUGCUCACGCUUCAGGAGGCCGUGGACAAGCACUUCAAGCUGCCCCACGCGUCCAGCAAACCCCCCCGGGCGGCGGGCGCCUCGGCGGACACCUCGUUCCGGUCCCUGCGGUUUGCGCUGCGCGCGGCCCUGAAGACGGCCCUGUACCGCAUCACCACCACGUUCGGCCAGCACCUCACGGCCGUACAAGCAUCCGCAGAACAUCAGAAGAGACUCCAGCUGUUCUUGGAGUUCAAAGAGUAGUUCAAUCAUGUAAACCGUGUCCACUGAUGGGAUGGGACCGGGGGACGUCCCCGGGCCUGGAUCAGGAGAGCACGGACCAAUUAGACGCUUCCUUUGUGGUGGUGGUUGCUUUGAAAACUAUACUUUAAUGGGAGGAAUCGGGAAGAAAUUCUCCACAGCCCCUAGUAACACAAGACUGCCUCCUUCGACCCAGUGAGGAUUUUCGUUUUCGGCUUUAACGGAGCCCUGGCCGAGCUCCCGGUUUCGGCAGUUCGGAGGCCCCGGGCGGGCGGGCUGGCGGUGCCCGGCCCCUCCUCCAUGCCCCGCCCCGAGGCGCCCGGGGCCGGCUUCCCCCGGCAGGACUCCGGUGGGCCGCGCCGACGGCGGGAGCGGAGUGGCGGUGGCUCGAGAGAAGGUGGUGCAGAGAGGUGUUGGGUCGCUGCACCGACCGCAUUCUGGCUUGGCAGGCAGCCCGGAGGGGCGGAUGCCAGGCACCCCGGGAGGCGGGCACCAGCCUUCCAGUAGGGAGCUCAGAGGAACUCCACUCGUGCAUCCGGGCCUGGGCACAGGCUUAACUCUGCUUGGAACUUGCUUCGGUCUGACGCCCGCCAGGAGGUGGCCACGAUGCUUUCUGGACAGGCCACUGCCCAGCCCUCUCGCCGCUCUGCCCAAAGAACUCUCCCUUCGUGGUCAGAGUGAUGCCCGGGGAUGGGGGCGGGGGCGUUCCGUUCCCCUGGCUGGCUGAGCGAUGCCCAGGUAUUCCUUAGGAUCAGGGCACGUUUUUUGCUAUCAACCCACCAGUAAGAGUAAAGGCCCAAAGUGCUGCCAGGGCCGCCUUUGGCACCGAUCCCGCCUUCCCUGUUUCCGUGGUCUUGGGCCAGAGACACCCUACCCUGAAAGCCCUGUCUGAGAUUGCCAGAUUAAAGUGCACCCUGGUGACGUGCGAUAGACUAGCCGGCCGCCCCAGUACAUGUUUUACCUGGGCCGGUGGGGCCCGAGCCAGGGCAGGCUGGGGGCAAAGAGGUUCCCCUUCCCUUUAGAGACGUGGGGUUGUCAGAGGGGCUGAGGGUUUGCCAAACAGCCUCUUCUGGAGAGGGAGAGGUCAGCGCUGUCGGCGAACCUCCAGGUCUCCUUUUAACAGGAAGGGGCAGUACCACCAAGUAGUCAGGGCAACUUCCAAAAGGGUCCCCAGGCAACCUCUGCCAGAUUCCCAGGCAACAUCGGCCGGGCCCUGGGCUGCCUUGGCCGAGACCCCUGGGCAGCCUCAGCCGGGGGCCCCAGGGCAGCUGCUGGAUUUGUUUCCCGGCUGUUCACAGAAGCCUCCGUAACACCGUUUUGGGUCCUCAGUACCCGCUGACCCUGGCAGGGUGGGAAUGGAAAUAAAUCCUAAUCCUCAA